CGGAAACAAACGGAAGAUGUUAUGGCAGACAAAACAUCAAAAGCGAUGGGAUCGGGUUCAAAACCCGUUCCUAUGAAAUUAUUUGCGACUUGGGAAGUAGAAAAAACUCCGCCCAAUUGUAUACCAAGAUUGUGCAGUUUAACCCUUGACAGAUUGCAGGUUUUAAAGGCACUUGAAAAUGAUUUGGCAACAGUUAUUAUUGCUGUUAAAAUGCAGGGUUCUAAAAGAAUAUUACGAUCCAACGAGAUAUCAGUUCCUGCUAAUGGAUUAUUAGAUACAGAAUUGGACUUGUCCUUCUCAUUACAGUAUCCCCAUUACCUGAAGAGAGAUGGUAACAACUUGCAAGUGAUGCUACAGAGGAGAAAGAAAUAUAAAAAUAGAUCAAUUCUGGGUUACAGAAUUCUGGCCAUUGGUCAAGUGAACAUGGAUCAGGUUCUACAGAAAAAUGUUGACAAAGAAUUACAUUUAUUCAGUGAUCCCAAAGAACACACCAAACAUGUAGCACAAGUGAGAAUGGUUUCAUUAUCUAGUCAACCUGUUGACCAUGUGGAAAAUGGACAGAGGAAAACAAUAUCAUCUGAUGUAGAAGUUGAUCGAUCACCUGAUGUUGACAACGACUCAGAUGAUGAUGAGAAUGAGGAUGAUGUUGAAUAUUGGUCUAAUAACGAACUAAGUGACUUUGAACCAGUCAUGAUGGGGCGGCCUCGGAAAUCUAGUCGAGGGAAAAUACAUGCUUCAAGAGGCAGGGUUGGAGCAGCACAGCAACAGAGAAAUAUAAAACAAAGAUUUAUAGCAUUACUGAAGAGAUUCAGGAUAACAGAGGAGGGUCUAGAAUCUGAAGGGGAUCAUGGUCUGGAAAUUGCUAAUCCUGAUGCUAGUGUAGAUAUUGAUGAAUUAUUUGAUGAAUUAGAAGACCUAAGUGACAGCGGGCCAGAAUUAGAUACAGUCAGUGUAAUGUCCACUCCAAAACCACGUCUCAAACCUUUCUUUGCGGGCAAAGCAGGGAAUGAAGACAUGGCUGAAUCUAUGAAAUCUGGGGAGAGUGGUAGAAUGAGUGAUGAUGGUUCCAAGAAAAAUGAUUGUGACAGUCAUGAACAGGAUAUAGAACAGUCUGUAAGUGAACCUAAUACACCUGACAGGAACCGACUUUUCGUUAAACAAGAUUUUAAUCACAAACGCAGUCGAUCGUACAGAGAGAAAAAGAUAAAUCAUGACAGUUUCCCUAGACGGCAUAGUACGGGUGUAGUCAGCCAGACCGUGCCAAGAAAAGCAUUAUUAGAUCAAUUGAGUGCUGUGUUAGCAGGUUCAGAUGAUCAGCUACCCGACAAUAUAAUUCUAGUCAAUACUGCUGAUUGGCAGGGGCAGUUUUUCCUGCAGAAGUUACAAGAGAAACAGUUUAAAGUGAUAUGUACUUGUGGAAAUGCUGAUGUCAAGGCUGCUGUUAGUAAUCUGGUGCAUAAAAUACAGAAAUUUUGCAAUACAAAUCCAAAGAAACCAAGUCCAGUAAAGAUUGCAAUAGCUGGGGCUGAUGGUUAUAUUAACUCUGUGUUGAGGCCAUAUGUAGAACAGUUCUCAGCUAAGCCGCCAGACUGGCAAGGAUAUGUUAGAUUUCUAGUCAUACCAUUUGGUAACAGUUGUAUUGGUAAAAACUUGGGAACUUUAGACGCAACUUAUUCAGCUUUAUUUCUUGAUCAAUCAUGGAAAGAUACAUUUGAGAAGGCAGAAUCAAUAAAACUAGAUUCACAAGAAAUUAUAAACAGAGUAUCAAAGUAUUUGAGUAGUGCCAGCACAUUAUUACAAAUACCAAUAGCAGAGGCCAUGGUGAUGUGUAAAGGUAAAAGUGGUGAAGAUGAAUCUUGUCAAACCUUUAUCCCAUUCUUCAGUGAAGUAAAGAUUGGAAAUCCAGACUCAGCGAAUGCAUCAGAGGCCUGCUGUGUUGCUACUGUGCCAGGGGUCCUAGAGUUGGCCCGUGUAUUGGUGGAUUUUGAUGAUGUUAGUACUGUUGUAAGUUCACCCGCAUUAUUAUCUAGUUCUCCACCAUCUAAUAAUACAUUCGAAAAGCAGAAAGAAACAAAUACACCACCAAGUUCUCCCAAUGUGGGAGUUAUGGCUACAGCCAAUCAAAGUUCAUCAACACCCAUUCCUGUUGCUGGAGAAUUGCUAGAGUUACAGAUAGAAUACUGGACAACUCCUGUAAAAGCUGAAACAUCGGCCAGUAAAAAGGACAGUAAUAAAAUCACUCUAAAAACAACGUUUAAAUACAUACAUGUACAACGAUUAGCUCAACCCGGUAUCCCAAUGUCUGAUCUACAGUCAUCAACGUUCACUAUGUUAUCUGUCAUGAAGGAAAAGAAACAAAAAAUAAUGAGGUUGAAAAAGGCCAAAGAAACUGAAUCAAAAAGUCACACAGUUGAUGGAAUUAAUAGAUUAAUAUGUACAUCAAAAAGCCAAAAUCAUUCUCUUAAAGUAACUGUGGAUGGUGUGGAAUGGACAGGGGUCAAGUUCUUCCAGUUAUCAGCACAGUGGCAAACACAUAUCAAACAUUUUCCCGUUGUUUUGUUUGGAUUUUCUGACAGUUGACAUCUACAGCAGCGUCCAUCUUGGUUAUAACAGUUCAGCAUUUCUUGGAAGAUAAUCAGAAAUCUGAAGAGCCGAUUAGAUCUACUUAAAGAGCUGAUAUGGUUAAUCUCAUGUGAUAUAUUAAAUACACUGCAUUUGUUGUAUUUUUUAUUUUUCAUAUGUAUGUCAGUUUAUUUGACAUAAGAUGAUCUUGGUUGGAGAGCUUUUAUGCCAUUUUACCUGUAAAUAAAGCUUCAAAGACAUUAUACCAAUUGAAUACCAAGGCUUAGUUUGUAAUUAAUCAUCACUUAUUAUAUUAAGUAGAAAUUAACUUAUAUUUGGAAUUCAAAUCGUAGAAGUAUAACAUCCACCAAA